UUGCCAAAACAUUGUAAGGGAGACUGUGGUAGAAAAGGUCUGGCUGGUUUUCAGCCAUAAUGAUUUGCUAGACAUCUCACAGCAAGACAGAGCUAACAGUGGGUGUAAGCACAUAGGAUAGUCCUUAAUUCUCUAAGUUUUGUGAACAAACUGCAAAUAUGGAAAAUGUUCUUGUUCACAGAUCACACCAUCCAGUCUGUUUUCUGCUGCUGCUGCUGCUCAGUGCAAGAAAGGGAAAUGAGAACAAAAGUGAACCUGGAGCCUGACGCUGUCCUGGUGACCCAGUACUCUGCCUCACAGCCAGAUGUUUCCUAUGAAUCUAUUUGGAAGUGUGGGCAGCACAAGAGACAGUUUAAGGACAAGCCAUUACCUCCUCUGCCUCCUGAGGCCUUUGAAGACUACAAGGACAAACCCAGAGUUAUUGCACUCUAUGACUUCUUUGCUAGAGGACCUUUAGAUUUACCUCUCAAGAAAUCAGAAGAAUACAUUGUCCUGGAACAGUAUGAUCCCCUCUGGUGGAAGGCAAGAGACCAACAUGGGAAUGAAGGUCUAAUUCCCAGCAACUAUGUUAUAGAGAAGAAAAGCAAUUUAGAAACAUACAAGUGGUACUGCAGGAACAUGAACAGAAGCCAGGCAGAACUUCUUUUGCACCAGAAGCCCAAAGAAGGUGCCUUUGUUGUCAGGGACUCAAGCCGGCAGGGUCUUCUUACGCUGUCCAUGUAUUCGCGGGCUAAGGGAAGUCAUAAUGGGAAUAUUCUACAUUAUCAAAUUAAACAAAAUCACUCAGGACAAUAUUAUGUAGCAGAAAAUUAUGUCUUCUCAUCUGUUCCUGAGCUCAUCGAGUAUCAUCAACACAAUGCUGCAGGUCUUAUCACACGUCUCCGACAUCCAGUGGGAUCAGAUGGAUGCACCUCACCAGAAACCACAGGACUGAGUUAUGAGGAGUGGGGAUUAAACCCAUCUGAACUGCUGAUACUGAAAGAACUUGGGCGUGGGCAGUUUGGAGUUGUUUAUCUUGGUAAAUGGAAAGAGACUAUCAAGGUUGCCAUCAAAACAAUCAAUGAAGGUGCAAUGUCUGAAGAUGAUUUCAUAGAGGAGGCCAAACUGAUGAUGAAACUCUCCCACCCAAAGCUGGUCCAGCUUUAUGGAGUGUGCACACAUCACAAGCCCCUCUAUGUUGUGACUGAAUUCAUGGAAAAUGGUUGCCUGCUCAGUUACCUGCGGCAAAGGCGGGGGAAACUCAGCAGAGACGUUCUCCUGAGCAUGUGCCAGGACGUUUGUGAAGGGAUGGAAUAUCUGGAAAGAAACAGCUUUAUUCACCGUGAUUUGGCUGCAAGAAACUGUUUAGUCAAUGAGGAGCACGUGGUUAAAGUAUCUGACUUUGGCAUGGCAAGGUAUGUCAUUGAUGAUGAAUAUAUCAGCUCUUCAGGUGCCAAGUUUCCAGUCAAAUGGUCAUCUCCUGAAGUCUUUCAUUUCAAAAAAUACAGCAGCAAAUCAGAUGUCUGGUCAUUUGGUGUACUGAUGUGGGAAGUUUUCACAGAAGGCAAAAUGCCUUUUGAAACCAAGUCAAAUGCUGAAGUUGUCUGUGAGAUUUCUCAGGGUAACCGACUUUAUCGACCACAUUUGGCAUCACAUCCUGUGUACAAAGUCAUGUACAGCUGCUGGCAUGAGAAACCUGAAGGACGUCCUACUUUUGCAGAGUUAACAGUGACCCUCAGAGAUCUAGCAGAGAUGACAUAA